AUGGCACCAACAUCAAUUGUUAAUAAACCCGAGGAGACUCAAACUCCCUUAAAAUCAAAAUCAGCUACCACUGCUUCUAGUGCUGCCACCAAUGACGAGGACUAUAAUGAAACUGUUCUCAAGUUAGCCAACUUGAAACCUAUUGGAUUCGCAAAGGCAUCGAAAGAUAUUAUCACUGGAGGAGAUAAGGACUGGGUUCAUCGUUUACCAAAAACCACUAGAGAAAGAUAUGAAAAGUAUGGCGUUGAUCUUUCAGAAGGUUACCCAUACAUUCCAGAAAGUGACCAAAUUCCCAAAUUCGUCGAUGAAGCAUUUGCCAUUAGAAGUGAAGAUUACCCGUUUAUUGAACGUGGAAAAAAUGCUGAUCCUGAAAAGAAGGCCUUGUUUGGUGCAGCUAAGGAUGUUAUUCACUUAACUCCAUACAUUGGAACUGAAAUUGUUGGUUUGCAAUUGAGUGAUUUAACCGACCAACAAAAAGAUGAAUUGGCAUUGUUGAUUGCCGAAAGAGUCGUUGUCUUUUUCAAGGAUCAAGAUUUGUCACCACAAAAGCAAUUGGAACUUGGCCACUACUGGGGUCAAGUUGAAGUUCACCCACAAGCCGCAAGAGCUGGUCGUGAUCUUAAGGGAGUCACCACCAUUUGGCAAGAAUACGCUAAAGGUAGAUUUGGUAUCCCAUUGACUUUUAAAAACUCAAAAUUGGGUAACUCUCAAUGGCAUAGUGACUUGGUGCACGAGCACCAAACUGCCGGUAUCACUCACUUGCAUCUCGAUGCCAUUCCACCAUUUGGCGGUGAAACAAUCUGGAGUUCAACUUAUGGCGCUUAUGAUAAGUUAUCCCCUGCUUUGAAAGAGUUCUUAGAUGGUAAGACUGCUAUUUACAAGAGUGCACAUGUGUACUUGGACCGCAAGAACCCAUUGAGAGGUCCCAAACAUGUCGAGAGAGAACACCCCAUUGUUAGAACUCAUCCUGCAACCGGCUGGAAGUACUUGUUUGUCAAUAGGUCAAUGACUGAUAGAAUUGUGGGAUUAUUGAAGCCUGAAUCUGAUCUUAUCUUGGAAUACUUGUUCAAAGUCGUUGAAGAAAAUAGAGAUAUCCAAGUCACCUUCAACUGGCAACAACAAUUGCCUGGGUUGAAAUCACCGGCUGAAGGAGAACAAACUUACAGAGGUACUUCAGCUCUCUGGGACAAUAGAAUUUCCAACCACAAUGUUAUCCAUUCGGAAGAGAGUAUCAAUGGACGUCAUGGAACUAGAGUUACUGCUUUGGCUGAUACUGGUUAUUUUGACCCCGGGUCACAGAGUCAAAGAGAAGCCUUGGGAUUGUCCUUGGAUUAA